CCUUAUAAACUCCCUAUCAUUCAUAUUCAAAUUCAACCCUGAAUUUGAAUUACGUGUUGAAUUGCACCCCAGUAAUUCUAGGAAUGAAUAAUUGUGUUGAGGGAAGAAAACGCCAGUUGCCAUCAUGGAUGAAAAAGCCAGUUGGUGUCCGCGUCAUUGAUGGCAUCGCUUAUGGUCCAUCAUCCAUGAUGCCGAAGGUCGAUGCAAGCCAUGAAAGUGACUCCGGCAAUGUUGUUGCAGCAGAUGUGAAGAAAAUUGAUCGCAAGAAGGAAACGAUAAAGAGGAAGUCGAAUUCUAGUGCAAAAGGCGAGGUUAAGGGAAAAAAAAAAUUAGACCAACAAAAUGAAAUGGGUGAGGGUGAUGGUGAUGUUAAUGAAAAGAAGAAGAAAAAAGCUAUCAAAUCGAAGGAUAGAGCUCCUAGAUGUUCUAUAAAGAAACGCGGAAAUUUAGAGGAUCUUAGCCGUGGUGGCAGUGAUGAUGUAUGUCCAGUUCAAUUGUCCAGUGACUAUGAUAUGGAGUUGACAGUUGAAGAUUUGAUGGCCAUUGCAGAACAGUAUGUCAAAGAUUGUGAGGACAAAGAACUGCAAGAAACAUCAAGUAGACAGUGUGAGCCAAAAUGGCAGUUUCCGGCCACAGCUGAAGCAGGAACAACGCUUGAUUCCCUUCGUGAGAACAAAAAACCGUCUAGUUCGGUAAGGGAAGCUUUAUAUAAUUCUUCUCCAACAACUGGAGACGUAAUCCCUACAAGCACAUCUCAAAUAGGCCAUCCUGCUCAAGAUAUGUUGGACGUGUUCUUGGGUCCAUUAUUGAGAAACCUUUAAGAAGGAGGAGAACUGGAGAAGAGCAACUUUGUCUUAGAAAGUUUAGAGAUUACUCACAAGUUCAUUGUCAAGUUUACCAGACAAAGUCAAAAUGAACUUGUUGGAGAAAUGACCCCUUGAUAAAGCAAAGAAAAACACUUUGAAAGACAAGGUGGCUGUUUUCUUGAGUAAGAUAUGUAGAUUCAUCAACAAAAAUGUACAUGCCGUGGCAAGAAAAUGAAUUAGUUAUGCAUGACACACAAUAAUUGCUGCAUUUGAAGGAGUUAUUGUAGAUAGUUACAAUCUCACCCUAGUUGGUCAAAGUUCCUUAAUAAAAUUGCUAUACUUGAUGUGUUAGUUAUUUGUAGAUUGAAUUCUGACAUGACAAAAUUGGUUGUAAAUCACCGCAUUGCUAGGAGGGAGGCUUGAGAAUGCUCAUCUUUUACACAACAGUGGUGGGAUAUUUCAUUGAUGUAUCAUAUAGAAAAACUUUAUCAAAGAUUGCUAUUUUUUUUUAA